AGUCCGUCUCAAACGUGACAGUGUUUGUUUGAUUCUGUAAAGUCUUAAGUCUGUGUGUGUGUGCCGCCACGACAUGGCUGGACAGGUGUACAUACGGACUACGGGAGGGCGACUGUCUGCAUUUGUGCUGGGAGUAGGGUUUUUCCUAGCGGUUACGGCAGCCGUGAGAGCGCAGACCGGCACGGUGAAUGGCGGUCCUGAUGUGUAUCAGUCAAUAGGCCGGACCGUCACGCUAAGCUGUACCUACUCUCUCAGCGGGUCCGCCACCCUGCGCGAGAUCAAGUGGUACCGCGUUUCGGACGGCGGUGACAGAGAACCAGUCCUGUUCUACUAUUCGGGCGAAUCCGCCUACACGUUCGGCUUGUACCGUAACAGGGCGAGCCUGGUGAACACGGACACGGCUGCCCAGGAUGCGUCCCUCCGCCUGAGUAACCUGCAGUUCAGCGAUAGCGGCACCUACGAGUGCCUGGUGGGGGCUGGCGGGAGCGGGCUGCAGCCAUGGGACGGAUCCGUCGAGAUCAACCUAGUGGCCCUGGGUAAGUCCUGGAUUUAA